GUGAUCAUGUCAAUGGAGUUAAUGGUGCACACAGAGACUCCUCAGAUGCAGUGUUCACGAUCUGACCACGGCAUACAGAAGAUGUGGCCUCUGCUCCUCCUCCUGUCCGUUUCCAUGACCAUCGCCUCCCCACAUGACCAUCUAAAGGAGGAUUACUGCAAUGGUCAAGGGGAAGGCGACAACUUACCCGAGGCCAGUAUGCAGUUCGCCAUCACACUUUAUAAAGUUGUGUCCGCCAUGCCUGUGAGACCCCCACUCAAUGUCCUCAUCUCCCCCAUCAGCACCUACACCACCCUGGCCAUGUUGGCUCUUGGGGCGAGAUCCUCCACACGCCAGCAGAUUCUGAGGGCCAUGUGUCUGAGCGAUAGCCAAGCCAACAAAAUCCUGAAGGAGGACUACAAGAACUUCCUUGCAGAACUUACAACCGAAGAAGGAAAUGCAGAAUUCGGGAUCUCAAACUGGUUCUUCUUGGAGAAAUCCAUCAAACCUUCCUCCAAGUACAAGCAGGACAUGGCCCGCUACUACAACGUCUCCCUCCAGGGCAUUGACUUUACAGACCCAGAAAAUGCCCAGCAGGAGAUCAACGAAGAAGUCAAUGGCCAAACCGAUGGCAAAAUGGAAGAUCUGAUCAACGACCUGGACGACCAGACAAAGAUGGUUCUGCUGGACUAUGCAAGGUUCAAUGCAAAAUGGAACAGCCCCUUCACAUCCCAAGGGCUACGUCGGGCACCAUUCAUAGUGAACCAGAUGAACACCAUCAAUGUGGAAAUGAUGCACCGAGUGGGUCAGUACCGGACCUUCAAGGAUGACACCACCAUCAUGGUGGAGGUUCCAUACACCGACCAGAUUGUCCUACUUAUUAUUGUGCCGAAAAAUGUGAGUCUUUACGAAGUGGAGAGAAAGUUAUCUGCACAACUUAUAGACAGUUACAUGUCCGAGGCGAGGACAAGUCUGCUGGAUCUCUACAUCCCCAAGAUAUCACUGGAAGAACAGAUCAACGUGCACUAUGGUCUCCUUCGCAUGGGGGUCACAGACGUCUUUAGUGACUCCGCAGACCUAACCGGGAUCUCAAAACACCCCCGACUGAAAGCUUCUAUACUUUACCACAAGACUCAGGUGAAGAUUGCCGAGAAUGCUACAGAAUCCAGCGGCGCUGAGGUCACACGCGGCGUUACUCUCCCUAAAGCUCUGGAGUUGCGUAUUGAUCGGCCAUUCUUUGCUUUGGUUUACAAUAAACAAGUGAAGACCGUUCUGUUAUUGGGGAGAAUUAUGGAUCCGACCCAGGUUUAGGUUCUUCUUCAUAUAAUGUUUCGGAGCAGAAUGGAUCCGACUUGUUCUCUGCACAAUAAA